AUGGAAGUCCCAAAGGAUCAAAUGUCUACACUUAUUGAUCAUGGUCUCUACAAUUCGGCUCAAAUCCUCGGUUGCUUUCUUGUUUCAUCGUCUUCUGUGAAUUCUGAGACAAACCCACAGCUCAAGGCUGAAAAUUUGGUGCUUCUUGGUGAUGCAUUGCUUCGAGAGAAGGAGUAUCGCAGAGCAAUUCAUACUUACAAGCAAGCAUUGCAACAAAACAAGAUUAUUCCCAAACAAAAUACAACAGCCAGAAGCUCGUUGUCUGCGUCAAACAGGUCGUCUUCCCCAAAUUCUUUUAACAUUUCAGCAAUAAAUGAAUAUGAGGUGAAGUUCAACAUUGCAUCCUGUCAUUGUGCACUGAAUGAGAACAGAGCUGCUCUUCUCGAGAUGGAAGGAAUUCCAAGCAAAGCGAGGAAUUUGCAGAUGAAUCUAACAAUGGGAAAGCUCUGCCGAAGUUCUAGACACACUCGUGCAGCCAUAACCUGUUAUAAAGAGUGUUUGAGGCAUUGUCCUUACAUCAUUGAGGCUAUUACAGGCUUGGCUGAACUGGGUGUUCUUGCCAAGGAUAUUAUUUCAUUGUUCCCUCAGACGCCAAGUAGAGGUGGGAGGCCUCCCUUUGAUCAUUUUGACUCAAGUCGUUGGUUGCAACGUUAUGUGGAGGCCCAAUGUUGCAUUGCUUCAAAUGACUACAAAGGUGGUCUUGAACUCUUCACAGAGCUUCUGCAACGUUUUCCUAACAACAUACACAUUUUACUUGAAAUGGCGAAGGUUGAAGCCAUUAUUGGUAAAAAUGAUGAAGCCAUUACCAAUUUUGAGAAGGUUCGAUCAAUUGAUCCAUACGUGAUCACUUAUAUGGAUGAGUAUGCAAUUCUCUUAAAGCUAAAAUCUGAUCAUUCGAAGUUAAACAAGUUAGUGCAUGAUUUGUGGAAUAUUGAUCCCACAAGGCCAGAAGUUUUUGUGGCUUUGUCUGUUUUGUGGGAGAGGAAAGAUGAGCGAGGAGCUUUAUCUUAUGCUGAGAAGAGCAUCGGCAUUGAUGAGAGGCAUAUACCGGGAUAUAUAAUGAAGGGUAACUUAUUCUUAUCAAUGAAUCGGCCCGAACCCGCUGUAAUUGCCUUCAGGGGAGCUCAAGAAUUGAGACCUGAUCUUCGUUCCUAUCAAGGUUUGGUUCGUUCUUAUUUGGCACUUUCAAAGAUCAAAGAAGCUUUGCAUGCUGCAAGAGAGGCGAUGAAGACCAUGCCCCAAUCUGCAAAGGCUCUGAAAUUAGUGGGGGAUGUACACGCUAGCAACUCUGGUGGUAGAGAAAAGGCAAAAAAAUUCUAUGAGUCAGCCCUCAGGCUUGAACCUGGUUACCUUGGAGCUGCACUAGCGUUGGCGGAGCUCCAUUUCGUCGAGGGCCGAAAUGGAGAUGCUGUAUCCCUUCUUGAGCGAUAUCUCAAAGAUUGGGCUGACGAUUCUCUUCAUGUUAAGCUGGCUCAAGUAUUUGCUGCUACAAAUAUGCUGCAAGAGGCCUUGUCGCAUUAUGAGGCAGCAUUGAGGUAA